AUUUUGCGUAAGACUCCCAUUAAAGUCACUUCCGGAUUAAACGUGCAGAUAUUUGCAAUCGAAGUUCUCCUUAUUGCGCGAAAUCCAUUUAGAACAGAGCAAAUCGAAAUGUGUAGCGUGCAAGAGGGUGAUCUUGAUGUUCCAGUAGCACGGCCAAAAUUAGCCAGUGAUGAGAAGAGCAAGAUCUGUAUGAAAUGUGGAGAACAACAAGCUAUUGUUGUGAUAAGGGUGGGAGAUCCCUUCUGUAGGGACUGCUUCAUGCAAUAUGCCGUUCACAAGUUCCGCUCAGCGUUUGGGAAAAAUAAAGUUGUGGGAUACAAAGAGAAUGUACUGAUGGCAUUUUCUGGUGGUGCCAGCUCUAAUGCUAUGUUACACUUGGUAAAAGAGGGUAACAGUGAGAAAGCUUUCAAGAAGUUAGGAUUCAAUGUAGGAUUGGUCUUUAUUAAUGAGAGUGUUGUAAGCGGUCAGACCCUAGCAGAGAAAGAAGUAUUCCGGGACGAGGUUUUAUCUGUGAUGAACAAAUCAGAGUACCCAUGUUACUACUCUUCACUAGAGCUGGCCCUGCAUGUGGGCAAAACAACAGUUAAGAGACCAACUACACAUGAUCAGCCCAUACCAAAUAGUGAUGGGUCAUCUAUAGAUUCCGGUUUUCUUCUACAAAGUUCUCAAGAUGGAAAAGAGACGCUGGAAUCUUAUACGGACCUUGUGGACAAUCUUAGGUUGUCUCAGAUGUCUCUCUAUGAUAGUGCUGAAAAAGACUUUUUGGAACGGUUGAAAUCUUUUAAGAGUCUAACUGCUAAGGAAGAAUUUGUUCACUUAUUGAGGCACCAGUUGCUUCUCGAUAUCGCCAGGAAGAAUGGAUACACCAAGAUCAUGCUGGGAGAUUCUUCCACCCGGUUGGCUGCAGCCAUCUUGGCAAAUAUAUCUCAGGGACGUGGUGCCCAUGUGGCGCUGGAUACGGGCUUCCUCGAUUCCAGGCUUCCGGAUGUGAUGUUUAUUCGACCGAUGCGAGAUUUUACAACAAAGGAGAUAGCAAUGUAUAAUAUUCUCAAUGAUAUUCAUCCUGUCGUUGCUCCCAACUUAUCAACAAAGAUGCCGAUGAAUGCCAGUAUAUAUCGUCUGACGGAGAACUUUGUUAAUGGUCUACAGAAUGAUUUUCCAGCUACUGUCAGUACUAUAUUCAGGACUGGUAGUAAGAUGCAGGCUGCAAGGUCUAGUGACUCAAACAAAAAAUCAAACGGUCCUCAGGUCACUGAAGCCAGAUCUGAGGCCCCAGAAUAUUCCGAUGACUGCUGUCCCUUCUGUAUGGCCCCGCUGGACACCAGAGUGACCGAGUCGUCUGCUCUGUAUGCCACCCAGUUCUCAGAGUCGUUAUCUCAGCGAGCAGAUGUGGUGCAGGAUUCUGGGGGAUGUGGCUCGAACCAGGAAUGCUGUGGGAAGGGAGACGGAAGCUGUAACACUGUUGCUGAUGUUUUGCUGACUAAAGCUCAAGUAAUGUCCUAUUUGUGUUAUGGAUGUCAACUGGUUGUGCGAGAUAUGAAUGACCCGGUCCGAUAUCUUCCUGAUUUUGUGCUAAAGAAUAUUUCUUGGAGAAUACGCAGAUCGACAAUGCGAGAUCAAAUCAGUGACUUUUUACUGCCUGAGGACGAUUGACGAUUUUAACUCUAUGAGACUUUCACUUUUGGAGGAUUUGGACUUUUAGAGGACAUUGAAUAGACUGGGAGGAGGGUCACUCCCAAUGACACUUGUAGUGCUAAAGAAUGCAUGAAAGGAGGUGUUUUUUGUGUGGCAAAGCAAGAACUGCCCAGGGCAAAUAGACCCCCACCUCUCAGUCAACACCUGCAAGUAAGCCCAGGGGCUGUGAAUACGCACCGAAUAUACAUUUCAAGUACAGUAGUGCCGGAGAUUCAUCUGUCUUUAAGGAUGUGUUAGGUUGUGCUAAGAAUUUCAAAACAGUGUCGUUGAAUAGACUGAUCCUCAAAUACGAUAACUGCCAAGUUAAGCAAAAAAAUGUGCACAAUAGCUACACCACGACAAUGUUUCUUUCCCGGUGCCACAAGAAAAUUUAAAACAAUUUUGUAGGCUUGACAGGGACUAUAGAAACCUGGCAACUGGGUUAUAUUUGUCACAUCUAUUUACAAUAAAUCAUUUCCUAGCAUAA